UUUCCCCCCCCUUUUUUUUGGGGGGGGGGAUAGUGGUGGUGGAGGAAUUUUUUAAAAGUGGGAAAUGCCCGGAUGAGAAGUGACGGAGUGUCAGGAUCGAUGGAGAAAGGGUAGACUGCACACUCCUCUUCCCCCCCCCCCCAAUCAAAAGGUUAUAUGGGAUAUUUUCUUAACUGGCUAACACUUAGGAAAGAUUAACAUCAUCCUCGUUUGGGUUCUCCACCGAGAUAUUUAUGGGAGUUUUUGGCUUCCACUCCCACCAGUGACCAAAGACUUGACCACUUUACAAAGUCCAAAUCCCCAGAACACUGCUCGACAUGGACACCGGUGUGAUUGAAGGUGGAUUAAAUGUCACUCUCACCAUCCGGCUACUUAUGCAUGGAAAGGAAGUUGGAAGCAUUAUUGGAAAGAAAGGAGAAUCGGUCAAGAAGAUGCGUGAAGAGAGUGGUGCGCGUAUCAACAUCUCAGAAGGGAAUUGUCCUGAGAGAAUAAUUACUCUGGCUGGACCCACCAAUGCCAUCUUUAAGGCCUUUGCUAUGAUCAUUGACAAACUGGAAGAGGACAUCAGCAGCUCUAUGACCAAUAGUACAGCUGCCAGUAGACCCCCAGUCACCCUGAGGCUUGUGGUCCCUGCUAGCCAGUGUGGCUCUCUCAUUGGAAAAGGAGGAUGCAAGAUCAAGGAAAUAAGAGAGAGUACAGGGGCUCAGGUCCAGGUGGCAGGGGAUAUGCUACCAAACUCAACUGAGCGGGCCAUCACUAUUGCUGGCAUCCCGCAGUCUAUCAUUGAGUGUGUCAAACAGAUCUGCGUGGUCAUGUUGGAGACUCUCUCCCAGUCUCCCCCGAAGGGCGUGACCAUCCCGUACCGGCCCAAGCCGUCCAGCUCUCCAGUCAUCUUUGCAGGUGGUCAGGACAGGUACAGCACAGGCAGCGACAGUGCGAGCUUUCCCCACACCACCCCGUCCAUGUGCCUCAACCCUGACCUGGAGGGACCACCUCUAGAGGCCUAUACCAUUCAAGGACAGUAUGCCAUUCCACAGCCAGAUUUGACCAAGCUGCACCAGUUGGCAAUGCAACAGUCUCACUUUCCCAUGACGCAUGGCAACACCGGAUUCAGUGGCAUUGAAUCCAGCUCUCCAGAGGUGAAAGGCUAUUGGGCAGGUUUGGAUGCAUCUGCUCAGACUACUUCUCAUGAACUCACCAUUCCAAAUGACUUAAUUGGCUGCAUAAUCGGGCGUCAAGGCGCCAAAAUCAAUGAGAUUCGUCAGAUGUCUGGGGCUCAGAUCAAAAUUGCCAAUCCAGUGGAAGGAUCUACUGAUAGGCAGGUUACCAUCACUGGAUCUGCUGCCAGCAUUAGCCUGGCCCAGUAUCUAAUCAAUGUCAGUUUAGAAAACGCUAAACCCUCCUCCCAGGCAGCCUCCGUCACGAUCCCUGAUCACCUCAGCAUCAACCUCUCUCAACCCUCCACCCCUUCUUCUUCUUCUUCCUCCUCCACCACCACCCCCUCGCUCGCCACAGCGGGGACCUCCGACGCACCCUCCAGCCUCCCCAACCCUCUUCCGACCGCCCCUUGUGUCUCCAGUCUGCUUGGCAUGAAACCCAUCCCUCUCCUGGCUCUAAAUGUUGUGUCUGCUGCUAAGGGUCCUGGGGCUUCGGCUGCCACCACCACCACCUCUGCCGUGCCAUGCGUAACUAACAAACUGAAAGCUGAGAAACAGAGAUUUUCUCCCUACUGAUGGCAGAUUUCUGGGGCAUCCCUUCAAAAGUGUUUCUGGGCUUUAUUUUUUUUUCCUUUGUGUUAACAUUGGUGAAAACCAAAUAAUUGUGAGCUUGUGACCUUCCUUGGUGCUUUUGUGGGGGAAGGGGGUGGGGGGAGAUCCUUGCUUAGGUCCAGGCAGUUGAGCUGAGUGUUUGCCUGUUUCAGAGUCUGUGAUUUGUUGAAUUCCUUAUCUAGAGCCGUAGCUGUUGCUUCUUCCCUUCUCCUUCCCCUCCCCCAACUCUUCUCUCCCUCUCUCCUUCCCUUUUUCUCCCCUCUUCUGUAGCUUUUUUUGCCUUGCAAUAUGACAAUGUGUUAGGGUCUGUGUUUAAUGAAUAAAGGCUACUCCGUUAAACUUUU